AUGGCGUGGAAAACAUUUUUACCAUCAUCACCAUCGACGAGCAGUGGAGUGAGAAAAGAAGGAGAUGAAAGCCAUAUGUUGUGUUUAUUACCUCAGGAAAUUUUAGAGCUGAUAGAGUCCUAUCUAUUUAUAGGAGAUCGAUUAGCCUUCAAGGCCACAUGUCAAGCCACGAAGUUGCUCCAAAAUCCUCCUUUGACAUAUGAAAAGUCGAAACAUUGUCCGUACUUCUCCUGUCCGAAAUUAAUAUUACGUCGCAAUGAUGAUGAUGUUCAACUGUUCGAUUUCGCCUACAAUUCCUUGUACGUCUCGGAAAUCCCAGAGUUUAAGGAUGCAGAAAUACGGUGCUCCAAGUACGGAUGGUUGUUAAUGUCCAACGGGAACUCGAAAAGUUUGUUCUUGUUCAACCCUUUUACAAAUCAAAAAAGGAUCGACAUUCCUUGGAUAACUUUGGACCACGUUACAGCAAUGAGUUUUGACUUCCCACCCACGAGUUCGAGUUGGUCUGUGUUUGGAGUUUUUUAUCAUGAAGAGGGUGAGCUUGCAGGACUUAUCAGUGUUGCAAACGUCAAGAGUGGAAAACGAAGCCAAAACUGGAGAGUGCGUAACAUAUUUAAAAAGCCAGAUAAUUUUCAAGUUUCUACCGGUGCCCUAGUUUCCCACAAUGACCGAUACUACUUCUUGGAUGUGAAGGGGCGUGUAGCCCUUUUCGAUCCUGAACACCGUAGACAAUACUUUUAUUCCCAACCUAUUGGAUUUCGAGACGUGAAUUCGGAAAACGUAAAUCAGAGCUUUCUAGUGGCGGGAUUAGAUGGAGGAGAUGUUUUUGCGGUAAUUGUUAGCCAUGAUGCUACAAAAGUCUCGGUUUACAAGUUAAACCCUGGUAACAAGAGAUGGGUUCGAGUUGAAAGUCUGGAGAAUAUAAUGGUGUUUGUUAGUGUGACUUCGUCUUUUUGGGCUAAAGCUGCCGAAAAAUGGAUGGGUAAUAAGAUAUACUUUCCAAAAUUUCAUGGCGAAAAUGGCAUAUUUUAUUCUCUCACCACCCAGAAGUAUCACUCGUAUGACGGUCGAUUUAGUACUCAAGAACCUAGUCAAUUGAUAGAUAUGGACUCUGCAACUUGGAUCCAACCAUAUCUUUAG